CUCAUGGUGAGCUUUUCUCUCUAGCCAUGAAAUAAGGCUUUGGAGAAUGUUUCGACUCAGACAUUUGAUUAAAUAGGUCUCACUGCUUUUCAUCCUCGCAUCCAGAUGUGCUUUAUUUUCACAGUCUUUAUCUAGGAAAACGGUAACAAAUUGUUUUUUGAGUAUUCUGGUGUUGUUCUUCAUUUCGGGAGUAAGCGCUUUUUCUUCAAUAGCUCCGAGAUAUUCUUUGAAAGCACAGGCAGACGCAUGAUUAUUGUGCCAGGUCCCACUGAUGUUUGUCAUAGAUGAACAGCCAUUGACGGAGCGUGUCUGAAAAAUACAGUCACAAAAAUAUGUUUUACAGUUAACUUAUGUAGACAUGUGCAUUUCAUCCUUUCAGGUAGUGCUGGGCGUUAUUGACAAAAUUCAAUAUCAGAAGAAACGUUGGAUGAGUGGGUGUCUACAAACUUUUGGGCAGAUAGUCCAUUGACCUGCCAAAUGCUCACAUCAGUUAUCAGCAAGCUCAUUCACAGCCUGUGUUUGGAAAAUUAUCCUUGUGGCAGAGGCAGUUGGCAUAAACCAAGUUUGAGAGAAUGUGAAGACUUGGAUGAUGUAACUUCAGAGGAGGAGGAUGCUCUCCUGGAGCUCCUACGAAGCCCACUGUCACCAUGGCAAGAGGAAGGGUCCUGGAGUCCACAGGCAUUAGCCCUGAGAGAACUGGCUGUGAAGACACCAGAAAUUCUUAAAGGCAACUUCAUAUAUUCAUUCUUCACAACUCUACGUAUUGUAGACAAAGGGGUCUUCGAAAUUGAUCAGGGACUGUUGAUAUUCAGCCGUUUGGAAGAGUUGGUGCUAAGUGCUAACAACAUCACUGAGCUUCCUUCAGGGAACCUUCCGAAGAUGCUGCGGGUUCUGGAACUGUAUGCCAAUCAGAUUAAAAGCCUCAAGAGUGUCAGCACCAGUCCUCCUCCUCAUCUCCAGCAUUUAGGCCUUGGGAACAACUGCCUUGGCUCUCCAGAGGACAUACAGUACUUUACUGCAGACCUUUGGCCCCAGCUGAGGUCUCUAGAUCUAAGCUGGUCUGGAUUUACAGAGCAGUGUGUUCUAGUGGAAGCUCUCUCUGCACUGCCACAUCUACAAAGUUUAGUUCUAAAGGGCAACCCCCUGACACUAACCCCUUCAUAUCCAGGCUUUGUACUGGACAGCCUGUUCCGCUUGCUCUACAUAGAUGGAAGGCGAGUAACACCAGAGGACCGUCUUCGCUUCAGUGGCCUUGCCCAACUCAAAGGUGUAGUUUUUGAGGAAGCAGAGGUCAAUGUGUGCAUACAGAAAAUGAAGGGUGUUCCUAGCCCUGCUUUGCCACUGGAUGAGUUCCCUGUGAUCAGCCACAGCUAUUCAGUCUCCUACGAAUUUCUCAAUCAACCUCAGUCCCAGGAAAACAUACAUCAGACAGAUGUGGGUUAUACCUCAGCAAAUGUCCCUCAGAAUCUGCAAGAGCAACAUGAGGAAGUAGCGUCAGUUUCACAUCUGCCAGCAGAUCUCCUGAAAACAAGCAGAAAAGACCAGAAUACAGACCUUAACAUUCCUGUAGUGCUGAACAGUACACUGAAGCAAGAAUGGGCUGAGGUGAUUGAGUUUAACUAUACAACAACACACCGCAUCAGUGACCUGUCAGCGCUCAAGAACUUCUUUCUUAGAGGUCUGUGGCUCACUGUGGAAGAAGAGAAGGUUCUGUCAUGGCCUGCACCUCCUGCUGAAAAUGCUGGAACCAAAGCAUCAGCAGACAAGAAAGGAAAAGAGAGUACAGAUACAGGUCAAAAGUUGAAGGAUAAGAAGAAGAAAAAGGAACCCGUGCUCAACCUGAUACAGGAGGCGCCAGUCAGACGCACCCUCAGUACAGUUCAAGUGGAACUCAAAGAUCUGCUGGAAGGAAAGGAUAAAAUUCAAAUGGAGUGUGAUCUGGGGGUGCUGCUCUCAGAACAGAACAUUAGGACCACAGUGACCCGUGAAAAGGAGCAAAGUAAGAAGCCCAAAGAAGAUAAGAAGGAAGACAAGAAAAUAAAGCUAAGUGGAGAUACGACAAGUUCUCAAAGGAAUAUAACUUCUUCAAAAGCUAAAGGUAAAGGAUGGAAGGAGAGUGAGACAGAUGCUCCCGCUGAUGAAAGCAGCCCUUCCAACAUGGAGCCUCUGACUGUGGAGUUCAGUGUACAGCUUAACAAAGUAUUGUCUGCUUCACAGCUCUCAAACCUGAAGACAAUGAAAUAAACAAGCUUUGAA